CAAAUCCCUCUUUCCCUCCGCCGGUGUUUCGCCUCCUUUUGCGAUCUCGUUGUUCGCCUGUCCCGCCUCCGUCCAGGCCGUGGUUUCUUUUUUUUCCUGGCCUGUCUCCUGCAAUGCCGACAUUCUUCAUUCGCAAUAGCUUCAACAAACUUUUCUUCCCCGUCACCAAGCCGCUGGAAGUGCGGUCACUCUACCGUGCUCUUGCUCGGGAGGCGCGCCGGGUGGAGCGGCGGCCAUUUGAGUAUCAGCUCUUCCGCGAGGGCCUCCGCGCGUACUUCAAGGUCAAUUCGCGCAAUGUCGAUGUCAAGCGCAACCAUAUGGCCAUGAUAGCCGGCUACAAUGUCCUGGAGGGCCUCAAGCGCGGCGAGAUGCCCGUCCCGGCCAAGACGUUCAUGUACUACAACAUCUGAUGGGCCCCCGCAUGUCCCCGCUCCCUCCCCCAAACACAAAGGUGACUGCAUUUCCAAUGGAAAACCCAAACCGUGCAUCGGCCAACUCAUGCUGGAAACGUGUGUCUGGACGGCAAACACCUUUUCUUCGCGUGCUCGGGGUAACAUCGCCA